UGCAAAGAAUAUUGGAUAUUCAAGCGUGAUACGAUUUGUAGUAAAUAUUUACAGUCCAAAGCCAAACUUUAAAAAUUCAAAUUAUUAGAAUAUUCAAAUAAGUUGCUAAGCAAGUUGUGUUGUGUGAAAUUCAAAGUGAACCCACCACACAAUUGAACAGAGCAACAAUUUGUAAUUCGCCGCAAUAAAUUCGCCGUGGCCGACAACCUGUUUGCUGUCAUACGAAUUCGUGCGCUCACUCGCCGGUAUUUUAUCUUGUCUUUCCUGCAUUGACGUAGAGAGCGUUACCUUCCACCAUUCCACCACAACAGCAAGUAACGUCGACGCAGCAGCAGCAGCAGAGGCCAGAGCCACGCAAAGCAGCAAUCGCAAGUUUGCCCAGGAUCGUCACCUCUAGCAGCAGCCGCAGGAAUCACAGCAGCAGCAGCAUGGAGCCCUACUGGAGCGAAGCUAAUGGACAUGCGGCACAUCCGGUUAAGUAUGAGAGCGAAGCAGCAGUCUCCAGUUUUCCUUAUUGCACAGAAUCUAGCUUAAAUUUUUCAACAUCGGCAACAGCAUACAGCGAGGAUGAUGCUGAAUAUGCCACCGGAAGACGUAACAAAACAUCGAGGCAAGAUCCACUGUCGCAUCGCAUCAUUGAGAAGCGUCGUCGCGAUCGCAUGAACUCCUGCCUGGCCGAUCUGUCUCGCCUCAUACCGCCACAGUAUCAACGCAAGGGACGUGGCCGCAUUGAGAAGACCGAAAUCAUCGAGAUGGCCAUCCGACAUCUGAAGCAUCUGCAGAGCGAGAUCCUCCAAAAGGAGAGCGAGUAUCGCAGCGGAUACAUGGACUGCAUGAAGGAGGCGGCCAAAUUCCUUUACGAUAGUCAAAUGCAGGACUUUUGCUAUCGACUGUUGGCCCGCUUGCAGGAGCACAUCGACGAGGUGUUCAAAGCCGACUGUUACAAGUCCACCCGCAGCUGCCAUGUGCCGGAUAAUGUUAGCGCUUCCAGUGGUAGCCCCCACCAGGCCUACCAUCCGCCGCUGUGCCAUCUGCGCGACAUGCUGGGUGCCUCGGAUGUGGAGCAUAGCAACGAUCAUAAUGAUGUCAAGGAUCUAAGCUUUCGCAACCAUCUCAAUCAGCUGCAUCGCAGUCAUCAAGCGACUGCGGCGGCCGUUGCUGCUGCCGCGGUGACCAAUGCCAGCGCAUCAAGCGCCAGCAUGGAGGGUCAAAGCGGGAAUAAGCUUGCUGCGGGCAAUGGCAUUGCUGCUGACAAUAUACCCACCAACUCCACGGGCUCCAAUACAGCCAGCAGCAAUGCGGCUAGCUCGACCACAUCUACGUCCACGUGCCACACGCUGACCAAGACGCCCGUCGGGGCUGCUGCAAUUGCUGCGCACCAGCAGCCGCAUCAGGCGGCAGUGAUUACAUCGACGGCACCUCAUCAUCACACGGACAGUAGCCAGCACGAUUUUGAGUCUUCGCAUGAGCCGAUGCUCCAUACGGACACCUCUAACAUGCAUUCGCCUCCGCCGCGGGACGCACUGCUGCAGCAGCAUGCGCAUCUGGUGCAUAAUCAUCACACAACGGACAGCCAGCUGUCAGCGAGAAUGCGCAACUACUCGGAGUCCUCGCAUGAAGUUGAACACAACAACAAUUACAAGUAUAAGAAUCACAUCAAGGAGCGCUUUGUGCACGAGCUGCACGACGAGGAGACGAGCAGCGAACACACGCCGCACCUGCAGAACGAUCAUUCACAUUUGCAUGCACUGUCCGAGCACUCCAAGGACGGCACCGAGCCAGAGAUAGCUCCCAUAAUGGCCAAAAAGCGUAAAUUGGCUGAGGCAGCAGCAGCCGCAGCGGCAGCCUGCAAUGGGGACCUGCCGUUGGACGUGCACAGCGAGACGAGCAACAUGAAUCCGGUACGCCCCAUGGGUCUGGUGCGUGACGAUAAGCCCUCCUUUAGCUUCAGUGAUAUUAAGGAUAUCAAGUCGGAGCUGCACAAUACAAAUUCCAAUUCUAGUCCGCUGCUGGCCAAGCUCAGCGCUGCUGCCGGCGCGCAGCUAAGCACGCCAAGUAGCACAACGGCUCCACUGCCGUCCCGACACUCGUUUACUGUACCCAUCUUUGCGUUGCACGGUCAGGGCAAUUACUAUGUGCCACUUAAUGUAGACUACAAUGCUCUGGUGCCGUACCUCAACGGUGUGGAUCUGCUCGAGAAGAGCUACACAAGCAUGCCCGUGGUGCACCCCAUUAACAUCAAUGUCAACUUUAUGCCCAGCUCAUCGUCGACAUCGCUGUUAGCGGCUGCAGCGGCAGCUGCUGCUGCUGCAGCCGUUGCUGCUGGCAAGCAACAGAACGUGGUUACCACAGCCGCUGGAUCGCUGAGCGCCAGCUCGGCAGCAGCUGCUGCCGCUGUGGCAAAAGCCAAGCUCGAGCAGGCUAUGAGCAACAGCUGGUAAGCUGUACCGGCGGAAGAGAACAAGUCUACCUCACUACUUCUGUGAAUAAUCAUCAAAUGAUUGAUUCCUAUAUUGUGCGAAAUUCAAACUGUUGGGAGUCGACUUGGAAACAACAGUAUAAACACACUACACACACACUCUACACACAAACACACACACACACAUAUAUACAAAAUUAUUUUGCUGUACAAAUAGACGAUUCAACUCAAGGACAUUAGCCCACCCAGUUCGAAACUGGGCGCUACCUAUUGGUCCCAUGAACAAAGUCUACAUCCAAAUGCAACUGUUAUUUACCAAUCAAAAGAAAAAAUGUAUCUGUAUCUGUGCUUAGUGACAGUUCAAUACAAACCAUUGUAAGGGAAGGAACUCUAUAAAUACAUAGACACAUGCACAGAUAUUGAAAUGUGCAUGUUUGAUGCCAAGAAGCAGCCCACGUUAAAAUCUAAUCUAUUGGAUUAAAACUAUAAUUAAUUGUGAAUUAAAUGUAUUUUUAGAUGUGUAACAUUUUUGCAACUAUAAUAAGUGUUGUGGUUUCAAAUCGGGCUCCAAGUGCGUUUUUUAAAUAGAUAAAUAUUCAUAAACCACUAGUCAAAUCAACAUUUAAGCAACAAAAAAAAACAAAACAGAAUGGAAAAGAGUUGACGUGUACAUAUUGAUGUCUUACAAAUUAUAGACAGUUUCUUUUAAGUUGGAUGAAUUAGUUUAAAGAUCAUAUUUAAGUGAUUUUUUUUCCAAAACUCUUGGGCAAAGCUAGAAAAGCAGUUAAUUUUUGUUAAAGGUUAUACCAAAUUUCAUUUUCGAAAUGGGGUUUACGUAGAUGA